UUGUAUUUAAGGAACAAAAAAGCCGUACACGAACGCUAAGGGGGAGGUGAUGAAAGAGGACCGCUAUGUGACGUCACAACCACUGCGUUUCGGAGAGAAGGACUACAACAUCCGGGCUCUCAACAAUCUGUCCUACCACCGCCUGCACGCGGGUCACGUUGACCUUCUCAAGAAGGAGUGUCUCGCUAACGUGCACUUCUGCGUUGCUAAGUUACACGCACUUCCUGUUGAGGCACUCUUGGACGACUUCACGGCGGCCAAAGCGGCGUUCCCGGGGGAUCUCCUAAUCAGGGGCGUCCUGGAGGCACUGCUUCUCUCCCGGAAAGGGCUGCAGACGGACCCGGACCAAUUUGUGCCGCAGUUACACGGUCGCCUUGAGGACAGCGAGACAACAGCCGAGUUCAAGCAGCGCUUGCGCGAAUACAGCUCUAAAGUGUGGUUCGAGCCCGAUGUCAACAUCCUGGAGCGUCCCGAGGGUAAGAUUCUACACAGCAUCCACGUGCACGCGUCCGACAUUGACAUGAUGACGAUGACGUUAUGUGGCACAUACGUAAUCACAGUCUGUCAGUCGUUGAAGGAGAUCAAAAUCUGGAACAUCAAGGUCGUACCUCCGCGGUUGCUACGCAAAGUGACGGGUAAAGGUCAGUGCACAAAGGUCGCGUUGUGCCAUGGUGACGAGUGGGUCGCCAUGGAAGUGGGCAACGUUAUACAAGUAGAAGAACUCCAAACUGGUAAACAAUGUUUGGACAUACCGCUCAAGGGCCGUGCUUCCGCAAAAACGUUCUGUGCUGCUGGUAAACGCAAGAAAACGAUCGUCACGUUAUUUCGAAAACAAAUGAACAUAUAUGACGUCACAAAUGGUAGCCUGAUGCAGACUCUUACAUCAUCAAGUGACGAAGCGAAAUUUGGAGCAAUGAGCAACCCUUCAGGUCGAGACAGAUACGUUGGUAUGACAAGCGACGAUCAAUACUUCCUGUCUGUCCUUGACCUUGAUUCCAUGACAUUGAUGCCUGCGUGGCGAGGAUUUGAGAUCCCCGACGGAGAAGGCGAAUUUGAAAAACAUGAAAUCGAGGCUUUCGACAUCUCCCCCGACGAAACUUACGUCGUAUACACCACUUUGUUCACCGGCGAAAUCGUGUUCGCGGGUUUCAAUGGCAACCGUCUUCGCUCUAUUACACCUAACGAGAAACUUAACAUUCGCAGUAUAAACUUCACUGCCGACGGCACAUAUAUCUACUACAUCAGCGGGAGUACCGUCUUCGUUGUCAAUUCGUCCACGCUGCAGGAGGAAGAUCGUCUCGAACACAAAAUUGACCUAACCGGCGCAAGCACCGUUGACAUGGUAACAAUGGUAACGAUUGCAGAAGACAGCAACCUUAGGGUAUGGGAUUGAUCCAGGGACAAAAAGAAGACCACAAAUCGAAAUGAGGCCAGGACACUGGCACCAAUAAAACACAUCUCGAAGUGUUUUCCGCUUGGCCACCAGGAGGCACUGUUCGUGACCGGCAAGGCCGAAAAGGACUCGCCGACCACCGUCGUUGGCGUGUAUGAUGUCGGCAAACUGGAAUACAGCGCACUCCGA